GCGCCACCCUCGCCCGGCCCAGGUGAGGAGACUGGACUCGGGGCUGGCGUUCGGCCUCCCCCUUGGAGGGGACCAGCGCGCCCGCGACGCCUGCAGCGGCCGAGCCCGGACCGGCCUGGAGUCACCUGCCUGGAGGGACUUCUGCCUUUUGCUGGGGAGGGGAAGAAAAACGACGCAGCUCUCUCUUUUAAGACUUGGAUAUCCCGUUGGCGAACUGUGUGGCUCCCAUCGCUCGCUCUGUUUUGAAAGGAACCUUUCUAUUUUUGUGCCCGCUCGAGCUUCCCAUUCAUUCGCCCCCCCCUCUCGGCGGGGAGCCGUAAACAAGAGACACGAGGCCAAAAAGGAAUACGAUGGUGCCCUGGCUGACUUUCGCCUUCCUCUGGGGGACUUUCUGCGCGCGGCCAGGCCACGGUGAGGCUGAGACGAGGGAAUGCAUCUACUACAACGCCAACUGGGAGCUGGAGAAGACGAACCAGAGCGGCGUGGAACGCUGCGAAGGGGAGAAGGACAAGCGUCUCCAUUGCUAUGCCUCCUGGAGAAACAACUCUGGAUCUAUCGAGCUGGUGAAGAAAGGCUGCUGGCUAGAUGAUUUCAACUGCUACGACAGGCAGGAAUGUGUGGCCACAGAAGAGAGCCCACAAGUGUUCUUCUGCUGCUGCGAAGGGAACUACUGCAACGAAAAGUUCACUCACUUACCUGAAGUUUCAGGACCGGAAGUGGUGUAUGAACCACCGCCACCGACCCCAUCACUGCUCAACAUCAUGGUUUACUCAUUGCUUCCAAUCAUUGCCCUUUCCAUCGCCAUUCUGCUAGCCUUCUGGAUGUAUCGUCACCGCAAGCCCCCGUACGGUCACGUCGACAUCAGCGAGGAUCCAGGUCUGCCGCCCCCUUCUCCACUGGUUGGGCUGAAGCCUUUGCAGUUGUUGGAGAUCAAAGCCAGGGGGCGCUUCGGUUGUGUCUGGAAGGCUCAGCUGAUGAACGAUUACGUAGCAGUGAAAAUCUUCCCCAUACAGGAUAAGCAAUCUUGGCAAAGUGAGAGGGAGAUUUUCAGCACCCCGGGGAUGAAGCAUGAAAACCUGUUGCAAUUCAUUGCAGCGGAGAAACGAGGAACAAACCUGGAGACAGAACUCUGGCUGAUCACAGCAUUCCACGACAAGGGGUCCCUAACUGACUAUCUAAAGGGGAAUAUUAUCAGUUGGAAUGAACUAUGUCAUGUUGCCGAAACAAUGGCUCGUGGACUCUCUUAUCUGCAUGAAGAUGUCCCCUGGUGCAAAGGUGAAGGACGCAAACCUGCUAUAGCACACAGGGACUUCAAGAGUAAAAACGUACUGCUGAAGAAUGACCUGACAGCCGUGCUAGCUGAUUUUGGACUGGCUGUGCGGUUUGAACCUGGAAAGCCACCAGGAGAUACCCAUGGACAGGUGGGAACACGAAGAUACAUGGCUCCUGAGGUAUUAGAGGGGGCAAUAAACUUCCAGAGAGAUGCCUUCCUAAGAAUAGACAUGUAUGCCAUGGGGCUAGUGUUGUGGGAGCUAGUCUCCAGAUGUCGAGCAGCUGACGGUCCAGUGGAUGAAUACAUGCUGCCAUUUGAAGAAGAGAUUGGUCAGCAUCCAUCCCUUGAGGACCUCCAAGAGGUGGUAGUUCACAAGAAGAUGCGUCCUGCAUUCAAAGAACACUGGCUUAAACAUCCCGGUCUGGCGCAGCUGUGUGUCACCGUAGAAGAGUGCUGGGACCACGAUGCCGAGGCGCGCCUCUCAGCCGGUUGUGUGGAGGAACGGAUUUCUCAGAUCCGCAAAUCAGUAAACGGCACUACCUCGGACUGCCUCGUUUCCAUUGUGACCUCUGUCACCAAUAUGGACUUGCUGCCCAAAGAGUCAAGUAUCUAGUUCCUGGUUCACUUAAUUUUUUUUUGUGUGUCUUUCCAGACUCAGUGGAUUUUUUUAAAGAGUUAAAACACACACACACACACACAUGAAUGCAGCUGCUAUUUUAAUCUUGACUUUUUACCGUUGCUGUUGUUAUUAUUAUUGUUGUUAUUAUUGUUGUUGGGUUUUUUUUUUGAUUGGAUCAAUUUUACCAGCACAUUGCUCUACUGUAUUAAAAAAAAAGAAAAAAGAAAAAAAAAAGAGGACAUCUCAGCAAGCAUUCGGGUGCCGACUAAUGAAUGCAAACCUGAUGCAGGUACCUCAAAACCUCAACGGACUCACUUUGUUUCCUUUUUGAUCCUGUUUUCUGGGCUUUCUCUUUUUUUUUCAGUAUGUUUUUUUUAAAAAAACAAACCCAGAGCAUCUGUGUGAUAUCAAGAAAACCAUCUAUCUACGCUUCAAAAUUUGGAGGAAAUUUAAGACUGUUACAUAAGAUCACACCUCAGAAAGGAACUUUCCCCCCAAAACCUUUCUUUUUCCUUUUUUUUAAAAAAAUUCUUUUCUAUUGUCGACAGUGAGCUUAAAAAAAAAGAAAGAAAGAAAAGCAGAUGUGUCUUUUACGGGUCUAACGGGUGUUGUAACAUGGGGGUGGGUGGGGAACAAGUUGAGAAGAGAAUGGUGGUUCUUUGAAAGGGAAAAGUUUAGUAUUGGGCGGGGGGGAAGAGGAAAGAGACGUUGGACUUUUGCAGCAUCUGGAGAAACAUCUGCUACGGAGCUACUUCUCAGGUAAACCGUUAAUGAGAGGGAGAGCCAGUUUCGAGGCAGAGUAUUAAACUGCUGCAGAGCACAGAGGAUGUUGGGUCACAGAGAAUCAAGUUAGCCCUUUUAGCCAACUUUGCAGGCUUCAGCAUUUGUUUGUUUGUUUAGAGUCAAACCGGGCAAGACGCUGGAAGAGUAAAUGUUAAAACCACCUUCCCUCUCCAUGCUGCUGCCCCACGUUGGGUCCAGGAUCCCCCUGCAGCUGCAACCUCCCAUUAAAAAAUAGGAGUUGCAGAUCUUUUAGCAUCAUAUCUAUGACCCUAUCUCACACCGACAGGAUGCAAGGGUCUCUUUUAAUGCAUUUAAUGUGCCUUUCUAAGCAGACUUGCACCCUUCUAAACCCAGUGACUUUACAUGGACUUAGAAGGUGUAAUUUUGCCUAGAGGCAUUUCCACAUUCUGAUUUUCCUCUGUUUCUAUUACUUCAGGUUUGUUUGUUUUUUUCAGUCCCACACAUGUUUUGCUCCCUCUAGUUGCCAUUUGAUGUUAUAAUGAUUUGUGUCCAGCAUAAAAACCUCUGGUUUAAAUCUGCAGGGAGAAAUGCCAGACAUAAAGCGGUGUAAUAUCGCAUCAGCCACUAGAUGGUGCAGAACACAUGUAGGAAAGAAAAAGGCUCCUGAAACAACAAAAACUUACAAGCAAUGAGAAUGCUUAAAAGCCUAGCUGUUGCACAGUUAAAGAAGCAACAGCUAAGCUUCCGCAGUUCGUGGAUCCGAAUGCAGCCUGCUAUGCAAAAUGUGUGGCAGAGGGUGGAUAAACACCCUGAUUUUGGCCUACUGGCACUGGGAAAAUUGGGGGGGGGGGGAAUGUCAAAGCACACACCAUCCAUUAUGUUGGCAUCUUCCAAAUUGUGCAAAAUUCCAUUCUGCUUGCAUUUUAUGCAGGAGAUUGCAAAAAAACCCAAAAAAACCCUUGGCCUGCUGGUGUCUUCUGAUUGGAUGAUUAGAGAAACAUAUCUUGGGCCAAAAAUCCUGCAAAGUCCUAAUUUCCCAAAAUACGUCUUAAGAGAGCAGUGUAAAAAGCUUAGGUUCUCUAAGAUGUUUAUAAUUGUAUUUAAAAAUGAAAGAAAAGAAACAGCCAAACAAAAUGCUGGUGACUGUAAGCUUUUUAAAAUAAGCUUUAGCUUCCAAGGGUUAACAGAACAAUUUUUAGAAUACAUUUGUAAAGACAAUAUGGUCUGCAAUGUGAAGCAUUUUUCCAUUCUAAUUUAACUCCCAUUGAGAUCAAAGGAAUUUACUUCCAAGUAAAUGUCUUCAAUGCUUGUGUCUGCUGAAAUUCUGUUGGUUAUAAAUCCUCUGGAUCUCACCCCUAGAUGAAAUGGUAUACAAGCUGUAUUUAUCUGUCAAACUCUUUUUAAAAAUGAUUGCUGCCCUUGGAAAUCUGUAUUCCCCAGAGUUCUUUAGUGGAAGUCAUGACACUUAAACCAGUUUGAAACUAGUUUCCAAGCUGUUUGUAUUCAUAAUGUUGUUAACUGACCAGUAAUCCGCAUGGCCUGAUUCUAUGUACAUUUACUUGGAAGUAAGUCCCAUUGUUGGCAAUGAGUUGAGUGUUUCCUAAGACUGCAGCCUCCAAUGAGGUGUUUUUAAUAUAUAUAUAUAUUCUCUGACCUCUUGUCACCCAACUCUUUUGUCCUAACAGUGGUGCAUAUCCUAAAAUACCAUUAAUUCUCUUAUGCCAUAAACUCGCUCUUAGUCAGUGAAUGUUCCUAAUGCUGCUGAUUCAACAUUUAAAUAUUUUUUUAACUUGCAAAACAUGCAAUGAUUUUUUUAAAGAAAAAAAAAUAGAACACACAUAACACAUUGCGUGGCUUCCGAGGUUUAAACUUAUUUUAAAAAGUUAUGAAAAAAAAAAACCUUCAUGACCACAGACCACCUCAAACCAGAAAUACCUCAGAAUUUUCUACUUGUAUGAGUUUUAUUAUAUAUUUUGUUAGUUGUGUUGUCUUGUGGUACGUAUAUUUUAAUGUAAGUUGGCUUUUUUGACAAGGGAGUUUUAAAAAAAAAAUGAAGAAAAAAGAAAAAAAAAGAUUCCAGAAUCUUUUAGGAAGUGCUACAAUUUUUUGUUUGUUUGUUUUAUAAAGCACCAUUGUAAAUAAGUGUAAACAGUUUUAGAGUAACUGCCUGUAUAAGGGUUCUUGGGCAUUAUUCGCUCUUGUUUUCUGAAGGCUGGUACCAUCCUGUUUCUGCUGGGGUCAGCUGGGAACACAAAGCAGUUUUAGUAAAAAGAUCAGCACGUCAUUUUUCUUGAAAUCUUUCUAUUGUCCCCUGAAUACAACAUCAAUCUACAAAAGAAAGUUGUUUUUGAUGACAGAUUUUAAAGGAAUGCACAUUACAGCAAAA